AUGAGCCGCACCAGCCUCCACAAGAAGCGAGACGAGGCCGAGGGCCACUCAACGCCCGCAACGCUCCCAGACGACGACGCGACGCCCACCGCAGUGUCGAUGAAGACGACCUUUUCGCGACAGGGUGCAUCCCCGCCCGCCUCACCAGCCCCAAGCGGGCCCAGCACGCCCAAGAUCACCAUCCCCGAGCCCGAGCCGUCCCUCAGCGCGAGCGCGCUCGCGGACUCGCAGUCCAAAUCCCUCACCUCCUCCCGCCCAGCCCCUCCCAGCCCCGCCCUCUCCCGCCGCACAUCCGCCGCGCUCUCCCGCCGCUCCUCCGCAGCCCGCUCGCGCCGGCAGUCCAAGAUCUCCCAAGCGCAGCACGAAAACGAGCCGUCCUCCUCUUCCACAACGACCGCGACGCCCGCGCAGAGCAAGCGGCGCUCGCUCGGCGUCAAGAUCCGCGAUUUCGCGUUCCCGGCGGGCGAUCCGCGGCGCGUUGGCCGAGGUCCCGACGUGCCCAAGCCCAACCGCGCACGACACAACAGCAGCGCGUCCGACUCGUCGUCUGCCGGCUCGAGCGAGGGCGACGCACCCGACGACGUGCGCCCCGGGUGGGGCUCUUUCCGCUGGAACACCCUCAGCAGCCACUUCCUCUGGAGCGACGGCGGCGAGGCUUCCUCUGCCGAUGCGGGCCCCUCGUGCACGGACUUUGAGCGCAACUUUGACGCGAGCUCGCCGACGGAGGAAGGCGACGACCCGUGUGCCCAUUCCACGCCUCAGGAUUUCGGCAGCGAGGACGACGGGACGUAUCCCAGUGAGGACGGGCCGCUCGUGCCUGGUCUGUACCGCGCCCUGUUUGCGUUCGAGCCGGAGGGAACAGCGGAGAUGGCGCUCGAGGAGGAGCAGGUGGUCAGAGUUGUAGCACGGGGAGGCGGGGUCGGGUGGGCCGUGGUCGUUCGCGAGGAGGGCGGCCAUGCGCUCGUCCCCGAGAGUUAUUUGGAGCUCGUACAGGUGGACCCGGUCGCGGCUGGUGCAUAG